CUCUCAGAAAAAAAGGACACAGGAUGACAACUUGCGGACUUGUCGGCUUCCCGCGGCCGUCUGGGUAAGGACAACGCAGCCGAGCGUUAACAGGAGACGAAGAAGAGUGUUGGAGGAGCGUCAGCGUCGGAGCUGUUGAUAUCAUUCACACUUCACUUUGACCGCAAAGUGGGAAAAAAAGAGAGAGAUUCCUGUGGCUGCGGGAUCAGACGGCGUCCACAUCCCCCCUCACCUGAAGUGUCCCUUACCUUCACCGGCUCUCUGACGGAAAACCACCUGACAGACUUGAAGAGCUUUUAGCCUGAGGCGACACAGAGCUCAUAUAUAAAGCAGGGACAAGGACAUUAACACGCUGAGAAGUGGAAACAUCAACCAUGGAGGUCUAUACCACUUCGAGGAAACUUACUUUGCUCUCUUUUACCUUCCUGUGGGGGCUCUCCCGCGUAUGGGCUCAGAUCACAAUGCCUGAGACCAGUAUGGAUGUGAUCAAAGGUCAGAUGGUGGUGCUGAGGGCGUCCUACAUUCCUGUGUCGAGUGGAGACCUGAGCACCAACACCAUCCUCUGGAACUUUGUCACCGACAACACACAGCUGAUCAUCUCCUACACCAAAGACUCCAUCAGCGUGGGCAGCGCACAGUUUAGAGGCCGUGUUGGUUUUACAGCCAACAUGCCAUCACGUGAUGUGUCGCUGUACAUCAACAACACACAGGAGUCCGACUCAGGACGCUACCUCUGCCAGGUCAUCGUCCCUGAUAAUCCUUUCCCCCCUGUCGAACUCACUCUGGAUGUGAAGGUGCCUCCUGCUGUUCCCAAGUGCUCUAUGUCAGGGAAGGCGGUGCUGAAGGGAAACGUGACUCUGACCUGUAACUCCAGCUCUGGGAAGCCAAUUCCUUUGUACAAAUGGAGGAAAACCAGUCCCACCUCAGAGGUCUUCUUCUCUCCCAUGCUCAAUGAGAAGAUGGGCACACUGAGGUUGAGCAACCUGAGUAGCAACAUGUCAGGGAAAUAUGUGUGCACGGCCAGCAACUCAGCCGGGUCAGAGAGCUGCUUCAUUAACCUGGACAUCACUUCCUCCAACAAUGUUGGGAUGAUUGUUGGGGCUGUAGUGGGCUCAAUAGCUGGUAUCAUCUUCCUCCUCCUCCUCGGCUGGUUCUUCUUCCUGAUGAAGAGGCGCAGAGACAACGAGGACGACAUGGCCAACGAGAUCAAGGAGGACGCUCAAGCCCCGAAGCGUGUGUCAUGGGCAAAGAGCGGCAUGGGCUCCGACAUCAUCUCAAAGAACGGCACCUUGUCCUCCAUCGCCUCCAGCCCCCACCACAAAGAGCCCCCCCACCACCACCACAACAACCACCACCACCUGCAGCAGUACCCGCAGCGCCCCCCGUCCGAUACCGCCUCCAUCAUCACCGCCACGGGCAGCACGGCCGGCUACAGGCCGUCUCGUCACCAUGGAGCCUCCACCCCCACCCACUACAGCUACAACAACAACACCACCCUGCCCCGCGAUCAGCCCGUCCCCUCCGAGGCCACCACCAAUGGGAGCUCUCUGCCCAGACCGGAGCGCUACGCACAGCUGCCUCAGGCUCAGGCGCUGCCACUGACCUACAGCCAGCCUCAGCUGCAGCUACAGACCACGCCUAUACCCCCGCCGCUGCCCACCUCCACCGUCACCGCCUCCAACAUCGCCCGCAUGGGAGGGGUGCCCAUCAUGGUGCCUGCACAGAACCAAGCCGGAUCUCUUGUCUAACGCAAAAUACAGACAAGUACUUCCCUUUAAGACAUCAAAUAUGGUCUUCUGAUUUUUUUUGUAAAGGGAACGCUUCAACUUCUAUUUAGCAAAAUUACAGUAAAAACAAAAAAUCACUUUAUUGACGCUUUCAUGGCAAGACCACAGACACAGACUGUUUCCUUACUUCAAGUAUACUCAAGCCUUUUAUAUUCUGUAUGCACUGUAUACAUUACAAACUAUGUAUGGAUAUAGUUUUCAUACAUUUACCCUCUUUUUCUACUUUAUCAAAGCAUUUCUAAUGUUUUUUUUUAUUACGUAUCUUUUAAACGCUGUAUUCUAUAUUUCUUCCUGCCAUACUAAUUCAAAAUGGAUGAUCAUUUGGAGGCUUUCAAACAUCUGUAAGACCCACAGAUGAAUAGACAGAUUGAUGUUCUCCAGCCAUCAUAUUUACUUUAAUAAGAACUACCUUAAAGAGUUCAAUGUAAAGCACAUUGUUUCAGUACUGUUCAGAGCAGAACAUGUAGCUCAGAAGGAAACGAGUGAGGCCUGGUUUUUUAGUGAAACCUAUUACUGAGUGUUUUUCUGCAGCAGACUUGUGGAGAGAAAGAUAAGACUACAAUAUACAUAUGAUCAAGUAUCCUAAUCCUUUUCUUGGCUUUACUUCUGUCAGUGGUUCAGUUUUAUAAAAUGCUCUUAGACUCACAGAUUAGCGAAAGCUUCUUAUGAUAUUGAGCACUAUUCAGAGUUGCAGUUUGGUGACUUUGCUAAGUCCGCACUUGAGUUGUUAUAAUUUUUAAGUUGCCUGCAGAAUAGAAAUUGUAAAUAGGAUAUUUAUUUUUGGGUUAAUUUUGCUCCGUACAGAAGCCUGUAUGGGACAUAUUAAUACGUUUUUAUGUUUUAACUGCGACACUGGAUACUGAACCAAAGAUAUACAGGAAGUCACGCUUUAUUAUUUUAGUAGUAAACAUGAUAUGUUCCACUUUUGAUUGACAUUGACCAGAAAUAUUAACAGGACCCUGAAAAACUGAACAACUCUCAAGUUGCUGUGUUUUUAAUAUGCCUUGGUAUUGCUCUUCAACCAUUUUCUAUUAUGAUUAUGAGAUACACAGCUUCCCCUGAGUAUUUCAUAGACUGUAUUUAAAAAGUGGAUGUAGCCACAGAGAUCUAGAGUUGUUCUCCAUCUCUAUCUUGGUUUCCAUGGAGACAGAAGUGACCGAGAGGCUGGAGCUGCAGAGAGGAGAGGAGCUGGGACAUGCUGACUUUUAGGGUUUCAUGGUCAAGUUGUAAUUUAAAAUAACUGUUCUUGUAACUAGAGUGCUCAUUUUCGCCUGCCAAAAUCAGCCUUUACAAAAAAAUGAACUUAAAAAAAAUGACCGUUCAGUGUUUCCUCAACGCAGAGUGUCUUUUAUUUCAAGUACUGAAUAAAACAUUUUUCAGGGUUGGAAUGAUAGAAACUUGGUAAUAUCAAAGAGGCCACAGUCUGAAGCAAACCCUGGAAAUGUUGGUGCAUAUUUUUAAACCCCUGUCAGAGUUUUUAGCUGGUUAUUAAAAAACAGACUCAACUUCAUAUUGUUGCCUCUUUAAAACCUACAAAAGCAAACAAGACAAAAAGAGAGACCAUUACUUUACUGUAUGUGUGCUUAAUGUCUGUGCAUCACAGGAGGAGAUCAACAACACUCUGCAGAAACAGUUUGUUUUAUAUUUCCCACAGCAAAUAUUCUCAAUAAAUGAGAUUCUUGACUGUUGAAAGAAAUCAGGAUCAGAUUUAUGUAAAAAACAUUUAUCAACACUUCUGACAAAUGUACAGGACAAGACUUUGUUCCUCUGUGUCAAAUCCCCUUAAAAAGUAAACUUCUUAGAUGUUCCAGAAAAACAGUUUAAGACGUGUAUUUUGAUUUUAAAGUUUGACCCAUCUGUUAACAUGGAGGAGGCGGAGCUUAUGACCCGUACUGCAGCCAGUCAACAUAGUGGGCUUCAAAUGUUCUGCCUUCACUUUUGGGGAGCUGUCAUGUCGUUCAUAUAUAUAUCUUUUUUUUUAUUGUUUGUUUUGUGGGAUUGUAAGCCUUUAUUUAGAGACAGGACAGUGGAUAGAGUCCGGGAGAGAGAGAGACAGAGACAGAGUGGGCAAUGACAUGCAGGAAAGUAGUCACAGGUCAGAUUUGAACCCAGGCUGCCCUCUUGGAGGACCAGAGAACUCUGUAAAUGGGGCGCGUGCAUUACACUACUGGUGCUCCAUGUCAUUCAUCUUUUAAUACAGUCUGUGUUGGACAUCAAGAGGCCACACCCCUUUUCUUAUAUACAGUCUAUGAAUGCAAGUUUAAAACAACAUACAGGAAAUGGUAAAACAUCAAUGUCAGCUCAAUACGAUUGAACAGAUUCAUUUUGUACUUAGGCUCAAAAUAUUUUUUCACUCUAAAAGUAAAUAUCUUGGCUUAUUUAAACAAAAUAAUUCAUAUACUACACUGCCAUGAUGUUUAGAACUUUAAAAAUCAGAGCAGCACUGACGUUAUAUACUGCUCUAUACAUAAAGAAAUGUAAAGGGAAAAGGGAAAUCAAUUUUUGAUUGUGUAUUUCUUCUUUCUGUUCACACACGUCUGCUAUGUAAAAUUUGGAUUUGGAAAAUAGAAUUUGAAAAUGUAUUUAUUGUAAGUGAUCAUGCUAUCUAUCCUGCUGUAAUGUCGUUACACUGGAGCAUUAUGUCUAAUGUUUUGCAUUUUUUAAAUUAUGCACAGAAAGUCAGAAUAACAACAAAGAAAUCUGAGAAAUGUGUUGAUAUUGACAGGAAACAUAAGAGCAUUGUAUGCAGAUUAUUCCUCAAAGAAAACACACAAACCUGACAGACAACGAGACGGGGGUAGUUUUAUCUUGAAGCCGUGUUGUUGUGUUGAGAUGUUUUAAAUACAACAGAGCAGGACGAGUGAAGUUAAAGUGAUGACGAGCUCAAGUCUUUACAGCUCAUAGAGCAUCUGUUUGAAAACGUGUACAUUAUGAACAUUCAAAUGUAUUCAAGACAAGCCUUUAUUUUUCUACAGUCAUGUUUAAGAGCACAGGAGCAGAUGUUAUACGUAGCCGAUGUUUCUUACUCGCUGUCUGUGAGUUAUAAACUAUGAUGGGUUGUAAAACCACUUUGGACAAACUGGUGGCCGAACUCCUGCGCGUGUUACAGUAUAGGACGUAACUGUGGACAUUAAUGUGCAGUUUAUCCUCCAUAUUUGUGUUCAUGGAAAAUUAUUUGUAUGAAUAUUUUCAAAUAAAAGAGAAAUUGUAA